CAGUGCUGGUCAGGGCUGCUCUCUCUAGGGAGGAGGGACGCAACUGGUAUUUUUUUCCCCUCUCUCUUCACACAGUCUGUCUAACCGCCCAGCACUCAGCAGAAGACGACAUAUAGUCGGUGAGCGGUAACUAGCGGAUAUAGUCGGGAUGGAUGGACCAAGUCAGCAGGUUUCGCCGUGAGCUUGGCGUUAAUGUGAACGUCCUGAGCAGCAGGUGUAACUGAAGGAUAAAAGCUGACUAAAGGCAAUCUCAGUGUUCAUGAAACUUUGCUACGAUUUACGUGCUGGGGUUGCCGUCCGCCAUGUUAAGGUAAAGCCCAGGUGUGCGGUGUUGACCAUGCUAAAGCGCCUGGACAAGAUCCGCUUCCGAGGCCCCAGGACGAGAGAGGAUUUCCCGGAUCUGGCCGAGUCGCCACCCGCCUCCGACACCGAAUGUAGCGACGACGUGCAGCUGAAGCCCAGAGCAGUUCCUCGAGACACAGAGGAACUCCUGCGAGACCCUGCAGGUUCGGGGUCUCCUAUCAUGGCUGCGGCCAUCCAGGACUUCCAGAGAUCGGAGUCAGACCGACUCAACGAAGUCAAAGGUCACCUGGAAAUUGCCUUAUUGGAGAAACAUUUCCUACAGGAGGAGCUGAGGAAGCUGCGGGAAGAGACGAAUGUGGACUCUUUGCGGCAGGAGCUGGAGAGAGAGCGAAGCAAGCGGCUAGACUUGGAGCAGAAGAUGAAUGAGGUGCUCAAAUCCAGGCUGGAGGACUCUCCGCCACAACCUCCCCGAAAACAGCAGUCGCCCUCUAACAAUGGAACAGCGGAGAAGCAGCAGCCGCAGCAGCAGAAGGAGGUAUGGAGUUCGCGGCUGCAGAAGUGGCUGUACGAGCGCUUCGGGGUUUACAUCGAAGACUUCCGCUUCCAGCCGGAGGAAAGCACCGUGGAGACAGAGGAACCGCUAAGUGCUAAAAGGUUGACAGAAAAUAUGAGGCGACUCAAGCGAGGAGCCAGACCUGUCACCAACUUCUUAAGGAACCUCUCCGCCUUAUCUAAUUGGCACUCCGUCUACACCUCAGCUAUUGCCUUCAUUAUCUACAUGAAUGCUGCUUGGCAUGGCUGGGCCAUUCCCAUGUUACUCUUCCUGGCUAUCCUGCGCUUGUCCUUAAAUUACCUCAUCGCCAGAGGUUGGAGGAUCCAGUGGAGCAUUGUGCCUGAGGUCUCGGAGCCCAUGGAGCCUUCAAAGGAAGACUUGACUGUAUCUGAGAAGUUCCAGCUUGUACUUGAUGUUGCACAAAAAGCACAGAACCUUUUCGGUAAGAUGGCGGAUGUGUUAGAGAAGAUAAAGAACCUCUUCAUGUGGGUGCAGCCGGAGAGCACUCGGAAACUUUACAUCUGCCUGUGGGUGACUUUCAUCACCUCCUGCGUCCUGCCAUACAAACUGUUGGGCUUCAUGAUGGGCCUGUACGCCGGUAUCAAGUUCUUCAUCAUAGACUUCCUGUUUAAGAGCUGUCCGAAACUGCGGGACAAGUACGACACGCCCCACAUCGUGUGGAACAACCUCCCCACCGACCCCCAGCUCAAGGAGAGGACCAACGCCACUGUGUCACGGCGGGUUCAGCCAGUGGCGUCUCGGAGCAGCCUCGCCACCGUGCCGUGCGGCGUGAGCAGAGAGGAGGAGGCAGGUCGCUUGCACAGCACCAAGAAGGGAGCCUUCCAUGAGGUCUUCAAUCUGUCGGAGUCGGAGCGCCCCCUGGCGGUAUGUGAGAACGGCUGGAGGUGUUGCCUGAUAAACAGAGACAGGAAGAUGCCCACUGACUACAUCAGGAAUGGAAUGCUUUAUGUCACAGAGAAUUACUUGUGCUUCGAGAGCUCCAGCUCACGAUCCGGCUCCUCCAAGAAGAAUAAAGUUAUCAAGCUGGUGGACAUCACUGACAUACAAAAGUACAAAGUGCUUUCAGUCCUACCAGGAAGUGGGAUGGGCAUCUCUAUAGCGACUCCUUCUACUCAGAAGCCACUGGUGUUCGGUGCCAUGAUCCACAGAGACGAGGCUUUCGAGGCCAUCUUCACCCAGUACAUGAAGAUCAUGACCACCACCAAACCGCCGGCCAACGCAGAGCUGUAGACAGCCUGCGUCAUAGGCAACACAUCUCAAAUCUGGGGGGCAGAUAGAGCCUCCUUGAGUUUCAACUGGACCGGAAGAUACUUUGAAACACAGCACUCCUCCUCCUUCUUGCGACGGGCCUCGGCUUCCUCAUCGACGCUCACCGCCCAGCUUUUUGAUUGACGGAUUUCCUGUUUAGGCCACGUCGGAGGGGGUGAUAUGUGGGCGCAUCAGCUACACGUGUAGUUUGGAUUUAGUGAUGACACACUUCUUGCAGGGGGGCGCCAGGGGGGGAAAAAAAACGGGACAAAUUCCACCAACUGGAUCUAGGAGGAGCAAGGAUCGGUGUGGUUUUUAUCAAUCAAGUGAUGAAGGCCUGCGAGGGGCGGUAGGGGCUGGUUCCCCUAUCCCACCUGACUGACCAACUGACUGGCUUCCUGAUGUAGUCGUUUCCGUGUUUGCAUGUGUGAGCGUGUGUAUGUGUGGGCAGAAAAAUUGUCUUAAAAGUUAUGUCAAGUAUCUCUUUUCUCUCUUUACUCGUCAGUCGGUGAAGAGACUUCUGCUACGGUAGGAAGAAUUCAAAAAGUGCUCAUACAUAAAAACUAAUAUAAGUAAAAAAAACAACAAUAUCAUAAAACACCUGGAAGAUUAAAAAAAAAAAGGAAAAAAAAAAGUUCUUUAGGCUGCCAGACAUCUGUAGAAACCAAUAUGUAAGUUUAGCUUUAUAAAUCACUGCGAAAAACAACUGUCAGUGUUGAAGUUUAUAGAAGCUGGCCGAUCGGUGCCUAGCCCAACAAAAUUCUAGUCGUGUGAGCAGUCAGUGAUUGUGUAUUAGCUGUGAACAUGUCAGAUCACUAUUUAUCUGACACAAAGCCUUUCUGUUAGUUUACAUUGCUGCUGUCUAAUAUUUUGAGUUUUUUUUCCUUCUUCUUUAUAGACAGACACAUCUCAGCAGCAACAGUACGUCUUUUUUUUUCUCAGUCGUCUCGUUAACACAAAAUCUGCCGCGCUCAGCAUCCGCUUCGGUGUUUGUAAGUGUGCGUAACGUGUAGUGAAAUCUUCUCUUUUUCUUUUUUUUUUUUGUUCUUCUUUUUCAGAAAUGCCUUUCUUUUCGUCGUCUUUUCGUAACAGCCUUUUUUUUGGGAUGAGCAAACCUGUCCGGGAGCUGCUGAUUGUGUCAGAAACGAGAGCACAAGCACUGUUAAGACGGUUUAAACACUGACUGCCAUGUAGAGUAGAGUUUCAGGCACAGAGGAGAACACAAAACUCCCCUGUCUAAGCUUCUCAUUUAAAGGCACAAUCUGUAAAUAUAUAGAGAUUUUUUUUUUGUUUUUUGUUUUCCAUCAGCGGUAUUUCUCCCCUGCACUUUAUUAGAAAAUUAACUGGCAUUCCUGACAUUAAUGUUGGCCAAAAAAAAAACAAAAACAAAAA